CUCCAAAAAGCCUAGCUAGAGAGCACUCACACACACGUGGCCACACUGCAAACACACACCCCUGGAGGGAGGCAGGCAGGCAGGCAGCCAGCCAGCCAGGCGACGAUUCUGCCCGUCUGUCUGUCUCUCUCGCUUAAAUGCCCGGCCACCAUAUACUCACUCAUGGACAGACUUCGAGAUAUGCACUGCACGUCAAUCCUGCCUGUCUGCCUGCCUGCCUGCCUGUUCUCUGUGUCAGUCGGGUCGGCGACUAGUCCCUCCCGGCCAUCCACGAGGGCAUUGAGUUGGUGCUGUUCUGCGCCACGAUGUCGCCCGAGGCCCAGAGGAUCCAGAAGAAGAUGAAGCACACCCACACGCACAGCGACCCGUAGAACUUCCACGGCUGGUCCAGACACCGACGCCACUUGACCGGGAAGCCCCCCCUGUCGUAGAUGACCAGGGUGGCGCACGCCGUGAAGAUCUCGAUGGUCAGCUGCACCAGGAGGGCGGCGAGGGCCUGCUUGGGGGGGCACUCGGUGCGGCCCAGCUGGAUGAGGCCCGGGAAGAGGGCCGGGGUGAAGGAACCCAAUAUGGUCUGCAUCACACCGGGGAUCACUAUCGCUGCAAACUCACUCAACAGACCUGAUUGGUCGAUCGGCGCACAGGACAGGCAAAUAUCACAUAUAUCCACACAUGUGCAUCGUUUGCUGUGCUCAGCCUGUGUGUCCGUGCCGUGAGUCACUCCUUACACUUACCGACAUGCACGUCGAGGACGAACACAUCUACUGCCCGCUCCCACUUGCGGGGGUCCGAGGACAUGCGCCAGAAGCGGCAGCCGGACGUGGCGAACCGCCACAAGUCCAUCGACCGCCCGUACAGCGUGUCGCCCGUCACCGUCGUCAUCGACUCCGACCGGUUCACCGCCGCCGCUCCGUCACGCGACGGCUGCUGGGAGAUGGAUGGCCCCAGCGUCAAGAUGGCCAUGUCCAACCCGCCCUCCCGCCCAUAAUCCUCGGACGCCAUCCCCUCCCCCUCCCAGCCGUCCUCCCAGUAGACACGGCUGCCGGGCCCCUCAUGGCCAGUGUUGGUGUCGUUAGGCUCGUCCCGAGGGCUCUCGCCCUCACACGGGAAGGGGUCACCGGGAUGCACGUCGGGGCGAGGGAGGUCGGGAGGGCAGGGGGACUGCAUGGGCGGCGGAGAUGGCCUGAAGAUGGGGUAAAUCUGCCGUGGUGUGGGGGGGUGGCUGGCCACCUCGGCUGAGCAGCAGGCGAUAGCGCCGAAGAGCGAGCAGGAAGCUGGGCUGCUGAGAGACCUGCUCCGGCUGGCGGCAGUGGGAGGCCUGCAGGGGCCGCACGAUGGAGGGUCCACCAUCUCGUGGUGGAGCCUGGGUACCCCAUUCUUCUUGUUGCUCUUGUCCCGCCAUCUGCGGCUGCGGCGUUUGCGUCUACCCCUGCUCUGCCGCGAGGAGCUGGUGCUGCCCACCUGCGGCUGGCAUCUCGCCUCCUCGGGGAUAAUCACCUCAGUAUCCUGCUGCUGCUGCUGCUGCUGACGCUGCUGCUGAUGCGGCUGCAUCUCCUGCAGACAGGGAGGGUCAGGCUCGUCGGGCAGGUCAGCGAUGGUCUUGGUUGGCGCCAGGGGGUCGGGUGGGGGCGACAUCUGUGAGCAGCUGGACGAGGCGCUGUUCUGGUGCUGAAUCAUGAGAGGCGCCUUGCCCUUGAACACGUCCUUUCUCUUGUCGUCGAUGGAGAGGCUGCCGUCUCGCCUCGCGAGCCUGCGGAGCCGCUUGUAGACGCACAGCCACACGACCCGCCAGAAGAGGUCGAAGCAGCUGUCGAGGAGGGAGGCGAUGGCCACGGUGGAGAACUCGGGCAGACGCAAGAUGAAGAGACGCAGAAGCGCUAGGGAGAAGGUGCGAUACUGAGCAGAUGUGACACACACCCGACACACGGACACAGAGACAGACCCAUUGGCUCGGUCGGUCGAUCACAUACAUCUCUCUCUGCGUGUAUGUUUCCUUCCUUGCUCACCAUGAAGAUGUUGCUGCCGUAGACGGAGAGGGGCACGUUGACCCUGACGUUGCGGUAGAUGGCCCUCUGUAUCAUCUCGACGGCCUCCAGGACCACGUAGAGACAGACAAUGUAGGCCACGAACAGCCACAUGAUCUGGUCGGCCGACCCCAGCCACCGGUCCCCCAGCCACUCGAUGCGGUCCACGUCCUCGUCGUACUCUAUCCACCAGCGGAUGUAGCCGUACAAAAACGACGCGGCCAUGAUGCCACAAAACGACAGAAACGUGGCCAGCACCACCAUCAGGAAGGGCUGCCAGCUCUUGAAGGGGCGCCGGGGUUUGGGGGCCGCGAUCCACGCCACUAUGGGCGCCUUGAUGAGGAAAAAGACGUCCACCAGCACCGACCAACGGUUUUGGUAGACCAGCGCCGCAUCGUCCGGCAGCUUGGCGAGGGUGAAGCCCGCCGCGAGCAUGACGACCACGGCCAGUGAGUAGGUCAGGAUGCACCUGCGUGUCCCCAGGACGCCCUUGGGCAGCAGGAGGACGCUCCACACGAGCAGUGCGCCGUCCAUGGUGAAGAACAUGGGUAUGCGGGCCAUGAGGUAGUAGUCGCAGAACCGCAGCGACGUGCUGAAGUAGACGAUCGUCUUGAUGAUGACGGCCAUAACGGCCACCAUGACGGCGAAGACAGCCGUGACGGCGAGCAGCAUGAGGAAGGUCACCCCGCUCCUGUUGAUGCACUCGUUCCAGUCGAAGUCGUCCUGUGCGUCAGGCAGGCAGCACUGGCACCACCACCGACGCGUCGGUGGGAUGGUGCGCUUGGGCGAGGGGGAUGACGUCCACGGGCAGUUCUGCAGGGGAGGGAGGGGGGCGGGUGAGAGGGCGGGAGGGGGCGCCCGGGUGUGGUCGAUGCGGGAGAGGCCCAGGGGAGGCGAGUCGUCUAGAGACCCGUCCACAGACGGCAACAGGUGCUGUGGCCGCUCGUGCACCUGCACAUACGCACAGACAGACAGACAGACAAAUGAAUGAGGAGGCACCGCGCGACGAGGCGAGAACCGAGUGCAUUCUCUCACCGGCAUGUCGACUGGCUGUUGCCUCUGCAACCCCUCUGCUGCGUCAGGCAUCUUGGUGUCCGGGCUGCACUCCCACCCGACUCCCAUGGUGCUGACGGCAGACGUCACAGAUACCAGCACUUCGCUGUUGAACAGCACACUAGGUGGGUCAUCCGCCGCCUCGCUCUCUCCCUCAUCGCUGCUGUUGGUGCUCUCUGGCGCCUCGGUGGACGGCGCCGACCUAAGAGGCUGGAUGCCGCCUGGCCGCGGGCCGUGCAGGGCCCUCCCGCUGGCAGUGGGACGUCUGGGGUGAUGGCGACUUGCCGAAAGCCGGAUGCCUUCGACAGGCACUGCGAAGCUGUCCUCUGCCGGGACGACGCAGAUCGUCGUCAGAAGCUCCGCCAUGCCGCCCUCGUCAGUCAGGAGGCUGCCACCUGUGCAGUGGGGAGGGCGGCUGAGGCAGA